AAUGUCAGAGCGUCGUUUUAUAAAUGUUGUAAACUGUUCAAGAUUUGAUUCAUUUUAAUGUGAAAUUCAUCAAGAAUGGCAAAGAAACUCGCUCGAGGAGCCGAGCUUGAGAUAGAGAGAGCGAGGAACGAUGGCAGAUGGGCGGAUAUUCAGAAAUUAUUGAACGAUUUAGAGACAAACGUAAAAUCAACUUGGUCAGAGCCGUACAAGAUGCUGAUUGAUUGUGAGUAUAAAAUUGAGAUUCAAUUCAACAAGUACAAGAUGGAAUCCACAACUGAUCCAGCAUUGAAGACAUAUUUAUUGGAGAUAAAAACGAAACUCGAAAAACUUGUUGAGAACGAAAACCAACCCAUUACUGUGGAUGUUCAAUUUCUGUUGUGCAAAGUCUACUUCAUGUUUAAAGAUUACGACGAGACACUAAAGUUUGUUGCAUUGUUGGAAAAUGAUAUUAGCAAUUUUGACGGCUCCACAAGAAGACUGAAAAUGGCUGCUGAUAUGUUUGCAAUGAAAGGUAUAAGUCAAGAAGAACUCAAAAGUUCAACAAUACAAGAACAGGACAUUCUCUCAAGCUACAACCAUGCAACAGAUGCCUUCCUUAGCAUGCUGGUAGGAAGUGACACAAGCGAUAGCAAGAACUCUCUCACGAGAAUUCAAUCAAGUCAAUCAAGUUUCGUACUCAGCGAAGAGCUGUAUGCUUCCAUUGGUCAACCCUUGGAGAUUGCAUUUCGUCGUUUAAUAGUUUUGACUGUUAAACAAGGGCAGACAGACAAGGCCAUUGAGCUAUUACGAUAUUUCUUAAGAAACGUUGAAGAAAAGUCAGCACAAGAUGUAAGAAAGGUCCUAAUCGAACAAUUGAUUAAUAUCUUGAUGAAUGGUAUGAGCGAGAGGAACUACAUGAUGCAAACCUCCAGCCCUACCUCACCAUCAAAAACCUCUUUCACCAGUUCUAGUUUCCAAUCCAGUGCACAAAAUUUGGACAGAGGAUUAUGCUUCGUUCCUCAUAAUCUUACUGAAGAUGUGAUUUUAUUGCUGUUGUUAAAAGAAGCAUUGGUUCUACAUAACGCUACAUCAAGUAUUGCUCCUGAGAAUUCGGAAGCAAGAAAGUCAACCAUGAUUGAAGGAAAUCAUAUUUAUAAUCUUCUAACGAUUGGCCUGUCAAGAUAUGCCCAGUUUCCAUUACUUGUUGAGUGUUUAGAACGGGCUAUGAAGCUAGCUUUUGAGGAAUUCAAUUUGUGGUUUCAAUUUGGCCUUGCAUUAGCGAGUGCAAGAAAGUAUUCAAUGGCUGUGUUAGUUCUUAAGCAGUGUCAUCAACUUCGUCCAGAUGAUCCGAUGGUUCUACUUCAUUCUGCUAAACUUUGCAUUAAUAAUCUCCAUCAAUUUGACGAAGGUAUUAAAAUGGCUCGAGAAAUUGUUGAAAUGACUGAAAAAGUCCCUCUUAUCACCAGAGGAUACUUGGCUCUUGGUAUUGGCCGUUGCUGCAAGGCAACCACAGUCCUAACAAAUAAAGAAAAAAAAGAUUUACACAUGGAAGCAGUUCGUGCAUUUGAAAGAUGUCUGGAACUUGAUCCUCACGACAAAGAAGCUCUUUUUCAUCUUGCAUUAACACAAUCUGUUUUGAGAAAGACAACGAAGGCUCUCCGCAAUGCAUAUGCCGCUCUUAAACUCGACUGUAAUUAUCUGGCUGCACUCCAAUUGAUCGUCUUGCUGUUGUCAGCGAAGAAAAAGUACCGCGAGGCUCUGGACGCUUGUGAUACAGCUUUGUUAGAAUAUCCUGACGACUUUUUAUUGUUGAUAUUCAAGGUGAAGCUAGAAGAACUGUUGCUAGGAGGUGAUCAGGCACUAGUUACAUGCAAGAGAUUGUUGCGGACAUGGAAAGCUCUUUACGAUAUGGACAUCGAAAGAGUACCUGAGACCACGAAAACAGGCUCCGGUCUUAUCGAUAAAAUCGUGUCAGACAAAAGAAGUUUAAAGAAUUUACAGUUGGCUGAACUGGGAGACGAGCAAGAUGAGACAUCCUCUAUUGGUGCCUCAGUACGUUUGGAAAGCACCUUAUCUGAGGAAGCCGGAUCAACAUCUGUGUGUCAGCUCAGCGUCCCAGCGGCCCUGGCAAUACAAGCACGAAUAUGGCUGACAAUCUCUGAAGUUUAUAUUAAUCUGAAUAAGGAGAGUGAAGCUACAGCCUGUGUCAAGGAAGCAAACUUGCUUUUUCCCCAUUCUCCGGACGUUCUAUUUCAGCGAGGAUUUAUUUUUGAACGACUAGAAAACUUUGAGCAGGCUAAAAAAUUUUAUGAAAACGCAGUUGCUGUCAAUCCUCAACAUACAAGUGCUUUGCAACAUUUGGGAAUUGUCUACCACAGAGAGAACAACUUGAUAAUGAGUGAAAAAUCACUACGUGAAGCUAUUAAUAUUGACCCGACUUUGCAUAUGUCCUGGCAUCAUUUGGGUGUAGUUUUACAAGAGCAGAAUCAGCAUGAAUCUGCAAGCGAGUGUCUGUUGUCAGCGGUUGACCUGGAAGCAACGUCUCCCAUUCUACCAUUCACGACUUUACCAAGACUUCUGUAACGUUGAUCUGGUGAUCUCAUUGUAUGAAUCUACGACCUGGUCAUCUCGUCAUUAUAAAUCAUGUAUAACAUGAUCUAAUCCCUAGCUUCUUAUCAUUAUGAUCUGAUCAGCCCUAGAUUAUGAUCUGAUCAUCUGAUGAUUAUGAUCAUAUCAUCCAAUGAUUAUGACCUGAUCAUCUGAUCAUUAUGAUCUGGUCUCUCUAGUGAUUAAGAUCCUACAGCUUGGUUAUUCCAUGACGCAAUGAUCUAUAGCAAUGAUCUUAUAUGAACACGAUGGUAGUAAAGACCAUAAGAAAUUACUAAACUUGUAAAUAAUAUAUUAUGCUUCUUCGUGUUUCUCGAUAUGAAUAAGACAAUUUAAAUGGAAACGAGAGAGAGUAUAAGAUAUUGAUGAAGUCAGGUGUCUGUUGUAAAGUAAGAUGAGUUUUGCGAGGUUAUGUGAGGUUAGAAUUCAACACAUUUCAAAACAUUACGAGCAAAUCUUCCAUGAGUUAACCUUGGCGAAUAUCAAGUAGUAACAGUGUCUCAUUGAGCAAGAUUAGGCUUUCCAAUGACAAAUAACCGUCGAAAAAGUCGUUAUUAAAUAUACCAGAAUAUGGUGUCUCUGUCCAGUUUCAUAUUGCGGUCAAUGACACGUUAAAUAUUUAAAAUUGUAUUUUCACUUUU